AUGCCGUCCCCGCUCCGGCACAUACUCUGCGCCUCAAACCACCCCGUUGACGCCUUUGUCUUCGCAUAUGAAGUCGGAAGACGAGCCAAGAACACCAAUCCUCGCGCUCCCGUCGCCGGCAUCGGCAUCCCCCGAGAGCAGCAGACUAACAACGAUGCGGGUGCCAUUUCACGCACUGGUCCAAUCGGUUCGAAAGGAUCGAGCGUCUUAAAUAGCAACUAUGGCAGCGCCUCUUCGCUUCAGCAUUUCAACGCCAAUAUCCAGCACAGCGCCAUACCCGGUAUAACAGGAGGAUAUUAUGAGCGGCCAAUAUCGAUAUGGAUACCUCGAAGCAUUGAGCCUUUGCCCUCGAAGCUUCGGGAUAAUCCCAUGAACAUCCUAUACUUCCAUCAUUUCCUGAAUCAUACGGCGAAGAUUCUUGUGCCUUACGAUGAUCCAAAGUCCAAUCCUUUCCGUACAAUUCUUCCCCAGAUGGCAGUCCGUAAUGAUCAUCUUCUCAGCCUCUUAUUGGCAUAUUCCGCUUCCCACCGAGCAAGACUUCUUCGACAGAGGGAGCCCGAGAUGAGAAUAGCACUCUGGGUCCAAGACAUCUUUCCCGCUCUGCGGCGUGCCCUGGGAGAUAGAGAACAAAUUAUCUCGAACACCAGUCUAGCCACCGCAAUCAUGCUCGCCUCCCUGGAGAUCAUUUCGCCCACGGCAUUCGGCUACGAGAUACCCUGGCAGACGCACCUGAACCUCGCUCGGGAUCUUAUGCAGAGGCGGCUGGCCGAUCUCCGUCGCACCUCCUACGAUCCCGACGAAGAACGCGUCUGCUCCUUUCUGUGGAGUUGGUUCGCGUAUCUAGACGUCCUGGGCAGUCUCAGCGGCGGAGCGCCAGCGAACGAGCCGUCCAGAUCCUGGGUGCUCGAGUACGCAACCUUCACUGACGUUGAUGAUCAGUACGAGAUAGACUGCAUCAUGGGUUUCACGAACAGGUGCGUCCAGCUCCUGGCGCGUGUGUCCGAACUGGCACGACACUGCGACAUGCAGCGCAUCGGGCCUGACAGGCAGACGAGACUCGGAUGGAAUCCUUCUCCAGACUGCGUCCGCCUGGCCCGGCAGCUCGAGAGCGAGUUGAGGGAAAGCAUGGCACAGCCUUCUCGCCCCUGCAGGCAUGUGCAAAACGUCGAGGCCAGGGACAGGCAGGAGAUGGUGCUCAUGAAUGAGGCUUUCCACUUGGCCGGGCUCGUCCACUUGCACAGCAGGGUGUUCGGCAAGCUGUCCGCUCACGCGGACGUGCAGGGCCCCGUACAGAGGAUCUUCUCGUGUAUGGAGUACAUCCGAUCCGGGGGGACUGCAGAGACGGGGUUUCUGUUUCCCAUGUUCACUGCCGGGUGUAACACGCUGGACGAGGGCCAGCGGACACGGAUCCUGGGGAGAUUCAGGAGCGUGGAGAGUAACGGGAUGACCCAGGUACAUAAGGCUAGAAGAUUGAUGGAGAGGGUUUGGGUGACGGGACAAGCGUGGGAACCUCUUCUUUGCACGGAGUUCAUUGGUUGA